AUGUUGAGAGUCGUCAAACCACGAAAUGCCAGAUCUAAAAGGGCACUUGACGCGAGGGAACCCAAAGAGAUUGAGGACGCACGGAUUGCGAUUUUCGUAAAGGGCACACAUACAGGUGAAGUCGUCAACAAUGUAAUGAAGGACUUGAUGGCUUUGAAGCGGCCAGAUGCUAUUUCCUUCUCAAAAAAGAAUGUCAUACACCCAUUUGACGAGUCCAGUCCUACCUCUGGCUCUUCUUCAAUCCAAUCACUCGAGUUCUGGUCGGCUAAAAACGAUGCAUCACUCUUUGCUAUCGGACAAAGCACAAAAAAGCGGCCGAAUGGCUUGACGUUCGUUCGUAUGUACGACGGAAAAGUGCUCGACAUGGUGGAAGUCGGAAUAGAGAACUUCGUGAGCAUGAAUGAUAUUAAGUCUGCGAAAUCAACCCCGGGACACAAACCGUUGAUGCAUUUUGCUUCAGAACUUUUUGAUACCCACCCUCGCUUUAUACAGCUCAAAUCGAUGUUGAUGUCCUUCUUCAACGGCGAGGAGGUCGAAUCGAUAUGUCUCGCUGGUAUCGAACAUGUUAUCAGUGUAUCUUGUGCACCAACACCCGUUACGCUCAAUACAGCAUCCACAUCGGCGGAUACAGCCACCUCUUUACCAAAGGUGUACAUACGAGCGUACACAACCAAAUUACUCUCAUCCGGAACUCGCAUUCCGCGUGUCGAAUUGGUCAACAUGGGCCCGUCAAUAGACCUCGUCCUUCGUCGACAUAGGGAUCCGGAUUCAGAAAUGCUCAAGCAGGCGAUGAGGCGGCCCAAGUUGAAGAAGACGGAUGUCGAGAAGGGAUUGGGUAAGAAGAGGAAGAAUUUCGAGGUUGAUGAAAUGGGUGAUCUCAGAGGUCGGGUUCAUGUCGGGAAACAGGAUCUCGACAAGCUGCAGACACGAAAGAUGAAGGGUUUGAAGGGCGGUGCUUUCGAUGGAGAAACUGAGGAAGAAAGGCCCACGAAAAGGAUCAAAACAUCGUAG